AACUCCACAAAUCAUUUAUGGAUGUCUGACGUGAACGAAGACGUCAAAUUUACCGUAUUAAGUUAAAGCGGGGCAACUGGACUUUCAAAAUUAAAGAAGCCUGCUGCUCAUGAAAAACAAUUUCUCUCGAGGAUAGGCACAGUAUUAUAUCUAUUCAUAGUUUAUUUAUUUAUUUUUGUUUUUUAUUCCACAAUGCUUUUUUACGAUUGAUUAUAAAAAACAAAUUAACCCUAUUCUAAAACAAAAAUACUUUUAAGUUUUGAAGAUGAAACAGGAAGUACGCUUUUCCUCUGCAUUCAACUCUUCUGGCCUCGUGACGUCGCUGUCAAACUGGCUUUAACGGUAGUUUAGCUAACCGACACCUGCCGCUGAAGGGAGUUAACGAAGCUAUAUUUUAACUUACAACAUUAACCGUGGUUGCAGCUCUAUAGUAAUUUUAUUUAUUUAUUUUUUGACGUAGUUUAUUUUAUGUUGUUUUUUGUUCUCAGAACUGCUACUCAGGCUGAUGUUUUCGAUUUGACAAGAAUGAAGAUAUAUCUGCAGCAACAAUCAAUUCAUCAAUUAAAAGUUUUCAAAUGAAAAUGGAGGAAAUGCCUCUCUCGAGCCCAGACAACACCAAGCUGGAGGCCUUGAUGCACGACAUCUACUCUGAGCUGGUGGAAGACGCCUGUUUGGGCCUGUGUUUUGAGGUACAUCGAGCCGUGAAACAGGGCUAUUUCUUCUUGGGUGAACCUGACCAAGAAAGCAUGAAGGAGUUUGAAAUUGUAGAUCAACCAGGAGUGGACAUUUUCGGCCAGGUGUUUAACCAGUGGAAAAAUAAAGAGUGUGAGUGUCCCAACUGCAACAGAUUAAUCGCAGCUUCUCGCUUUGCUCCUCAUCUGGAAAAAUGUCUCGGCAUGGGACGCAAUAGCAGUCGCAUCGCCAGUCGCAGGUUAGCCAGGAACAACAUGAGCAAAUCUGAGAGCGAUCAGGAAGACAACGAUGAUCUUAAUGACAACGACUGGUCCUAUGGGGCAGAAAAGAAAGCCAAGAAGAGACGAUCAGACAAGAAUCAAAACUCCCCACGAAGGUCCAAAUCUCUGAAACCCAAAAAUGGUGAGAUUGGGAGUAGCAUCAACUCGGAGUCGCACAAGUACAACCAUAACACUGGGAUCAGCUAUGAAAGUUUAGGUCCUGAGGAAGUCCGCUCCCUGUUAACAAUGCGAUGUGGGGUGAUCUCGGAGCACACCAAGAAGAUGUGUACAAGGUCUCAGCGAUGUCCCCAGCACACAGACGAACAGAGGAGGGCCGUCAGGGUGUUCCUCCUGGGGCCGUCUGCGCCAGCGCUGCACAGUGCCGAGUUGGAGAGCCACAGCUUCGACAUUCCCGAUGGACAGAUGAGCCGUCUGCAGUGGGUAGAAUCUCCAAACGUGUCUCCGUCUGACUCUGCCUCAUCUAAGGCCAGCACUAACCAUCCAGAUUCUCGGAGGCCCAAGAAGAAGAAGACUCUGAGUCUGAACAGUGGAGGAGGAAGUGGAGGUCUGACAGAAGGAAGUGGAAGCAGUGCUCAGAGUAGCCUCAGCUUAUCAAGCAGAAAAAAGAAGCCCAAACUCUCUGCAGCUUUUAUUUCAAGCAUCUACGAUGACUUGAACUAGUUUGUCAGUAAAAUCUCACCGGGCGGACGGGUAAGACAGCACUUUGUUACGCAUUCAGAGCAGACAGGGAUUUGUUUUCCUGCAUCAUGAACGAAUGGUGGCUGGAUCAUCUGUAAGCACUUAAACCUCAAAUAUCAGGAGAUGUUUAAAAUGUUCUAUUAUUAAGUUUGUUUAUUUUGAGAUGAAAUCGUUCAGGUGAAGAACUAAGCCCGACAAAGCUGUGCAAUAAACUUUUCUCUUAAAAUGAGAUAAAAAUAGCA